CUUCCCCUCCCCCACUCUGCACCAGAGAAGUUAAACUCCAGUGCACUUUGAACAGCCUGAGGACUACUCUGAAAGAGGAAGAAUCUGUAUGUAUUGGCUAGCAAAUGUGCCUCUCCCUUCUUGAAAAUAGCAGCAAGCCAGUUUGCCUAAGUAGACCCUCAAUGCUUCUAGGACCAUUCAGGGUAUCCAGAUUUACUUUGCAGCUGGUCAGAGAAGGUUAGCUCUCCACGGGACUGGUAGAUUGGACUUACUGAAGACUUGGAUCUUGCUUCUGAGAACAAACACCAGAAAGACUCUAAACUACAGAGAAGUUAGCAGUUUGGGCUUCCUCUAAUAUUACAGCAUAAGGAGCAUUAACCAUCAUAAGGAACAUUUUUGAAGAGUACUUCAGUGCCACAAAGAGGCUCCAGGAAAAAAUUCCUAGAGAAACAUGGACGAAGCCGGAAAUCUGACAGUAUCUUCUGCCAGUAAUAACACAUGCCAUGACACUAUUGAUGACUUCCGUAAUCAAGUGUAUUCCACCUUGUACUCUAUGAUCUCCGUUGUGGGCUUCUUUGGAAAUAGCUUUGUGCUCUAUGUCCUCAUAAAAACAUAUCAUGAGAAAUCAGCCUUCCAAGUAUACAUGAUUAACUUAGCAAUAGCAGAUCUACUUUGUGUGUGCACACUGCCUCUCCGUGUAGUCUAUUAUGUUCACAAAGGAAUUUGGUUCUUUGGUGACUUUUUGUGCCGCCUCAGUACCUAUGCCUUGUAUGUCAAUCUCUAUUGCAGCAUCUUCUUCAUGACAGCCAUGAGCUUUUUCCGCUGUGUAGCAAUUGUUUUCCCAGUCCAGAAUAUUAAUUUGGUCACACAGAAAAAAGCCAGGUUUGUGUGUUUUGGAAUUUGGAUUUUUGUAAUUUUGAGCAGUUCUCCAUUUUUAAUGGCCAAAUCUUACAAAGAUGAGAAAAACAAUACAAAGUGCUUUGAGCCUCCUCAGAACAAUGAAGCUAAAAAACAUGUGAUUGUCUUGCAUUAUGUGUCAUUAUUUAUUGGCUUCAUCAUUCCUUUUGUUAUUAUAAUUGUUUGUUACACAAUGAUCAUUCUGACCUUACUAAAAAAUUCAAUGAAGAAAAAUUUUUCAAGUCGUAAAAAGGCUAUAGGAAUGAUCAUAAUUGUUACAACUGCCUUUUUAAUCAGCUUCAUGCCAUAUCAUAUUCAACGCACCAUCCACCUUCAUUUUUUGCACAAUGAAACGAAAUCCUGUGAUUCUGUCCUCAGAAUGCAGAAAUCAGUGGUCAUAACCUUGUCUCUGGCAGCAUCAAAUUGUUGCUUUGACCCCCUCCUAUAUUUCUUUUCAGGGGGGAACUUUAGAAGAAGGCUCUCUACAUUUAGAAAGCAUUCUUUGUCCAGCAUGACUUAUGUACCCAAGAAGAAGCCCUCCUUGCCAGAAAAAGGAGAAGAAAUAUGUAAAGAAUAAAAUCAUCCUCCAGUAUAACCUAAUGAAGAGUUUUCAAAAUAAGUUUCUUUUUUCAAAUCAUUUAUGAUAAUAAAAUUUUCAUUAGUAAUUUACAAAUGCUUACUCUGUGCCUAUAAAUCUAUCUCAUUUAUGCAUCCACAAUAUCAAGUACUUAAAAGUAUUCUAAAUAUUUAAAAAUCAGUCCACAACUAAGAACUAAAUGAUAAACAGUUUUUUGACCAUUCAACAGAAAUUUGGGAAUAUUUGUGUCUUUGCCCUGUAAAACAUGAGUCUGAGAUCAAGGCUUUCCUUCUCAAAUAAAAGCUUUACAAAGGAUAAGAACUAGAAUUAUAAGAUAUAAAAUUAGCAAAUAGUUCUUAACCAUCCUAACAUAUCCUUUGCAUGCAUACCAUCAGAUGAGAACUAGAGAUGACCCAGAAGCUACAUAAAAUGUACUUCCAGUCUCACCAUUUGUUGUACUGUCUAUAAAACUAGGGCCAUUUAUUCCAGAGGAGAACGUACGAGUGCUAAGAAGAAAGUAGUAUUUAGCCAAGUAGCUCCAAAUGCUGAAUCUAGAAACAGGAUGAUAAACCUAUCAGAAGCCAGUUUGUCUCCAAUUUUCUUCUCCCCCUGCUCAGACCCUCCAAAAUAUAGUGGAGUUUUUGUUGUUCGCUUAAGUUCCUAUAGGGAAUUCUCUCCCUACGCUACAUAUAAUUCUUCCUUAAGAACCCAGACAACUGACACUCUCAUAUAUGAACAAAAGUAAUUACAAAUUCAUGUGAAGAAGAAGAAAAGGUGUUUACUUUUUCACAUGCCUGUUACUGUGAUGAAAAUAUUAACUAGAAUUGAUUUUGGAAGAAAAAUUUGAAUGUCCACGUUAUAAAUUCUUUUUUAAGAUAUGCAAAUGUUUAUCUAUAUAUGUAUAACUGUGUGUAAGAGACUUUGUUAUAUAUAUGCAUUUAUGAGUGAAAGUUAAUUAUUACAUUUAUUAUUGUUUCUUACUUUUCACUUUUUUAUUGGCAUCUUGGCAGGAAUAUCAAGGCUAUGUUUACAGUGCUUUGUAUAUUAUAAUGGAAGCUUUGUUCUUAAAACAGCAACAACAACUUGCUUAUAGCUGAAAUACAAUAUUCAUGGGGAAGCUUUUGCUGAUGAUUUGUCUGUUUCUUAACUUUGCAUCUCAAAAGGCUAAUUAUUUUAAGGGGAAUAAUGGUGAAGGAAAAGGAAAACUAUGUGAGGAGAAGUGAUAUCUGAAUCUGCCAUAUGUAUGUUAUUUCUAUUUCACUUCUAAUGAUGCAGUCCCUCAAAAAAAAUCACAAAAUACAGAGAAACAUGACCUCAAACACAUAGUAAAGACUGGUGCACAUUUAUUUUUUUGUUUAAUGUACCUGAGACUUGG